AAUCUGCAAAAGCCGCACUACUUCCUUCCUUCCCCCUCCACCACCAACCUCUCUCCCUGCAAUCCAAUCGCCCGCCUCCGCCGCGACCGCGAACCCUAGUAGCCCCGCCGCACCAGCCGCGGAUUCCUCGUACGGCCACCGCGAUGAUGGACGGCGGGGGAGACCCGGUGGAAGAAUUCCUCGUCGGCGGCGCCGGCGGCGGCGACGACGGGGAAGACCUCGCCGUAUUCUGCGAUGGAGGACUUGGAAUUGAGGAUGUCAGUGGAGAUGCCUGUGGUCUUGAGCAAUCUAAUUCAGGGAAAAGAGGUAGAGAUGAACCAUCUUCAUCUGGUCCAAAGUCCAAAGCUUGCCGUGAGAAAAUGAGGAGGGAAAAACUGAAUGACAGGUUCCUUGAAUUGUGUUCGGUUAUGAAUCCUGGCAAUCAAGGGUGUCUGGAAGUGUGUUCGGCUAGUAAUCCUAGCAAGCAAGCUAAGUUGGAUAAAGCGAAUAUCUUGAGUGAUGCAGCUCGUAUGUUGGCACAACUCAGAGGCGAGGCAGAAAAGCUUAAACAAUCAAAUGAGAGUCUACGGGAGACAAUCAAGGACCUCAAGGUGGAGAAGAAUGAGCUACGAGAUGAAAAGGCGAGCCUGAAGGCAGAAAAGGAUAGGCUGGAACAGCAAGUCAAAGCAACGAGCGUUGCUCCUACAGGAUUUGUUCCUCAUCUGCCUCACCCCGCCGCAUUCCAUCCUGCUGCAUUUCCUCCAUUUGCACCACCUUAUCAAGCUCCAACCGACAAAGGCGCUCCGAUUCCCGCUGCCUUCCCUGGAAUGGCGAUGUGGCACUGGUUGCCCCCAACCGCUGUGGACACAACUCAAGAUCCAAAGCUUUGGCCGCCAAAUGCUUAGGUGUCAGUGUCACCGACCUCGGGAUGCUGAAUUACAAUGCCAUUCGCCCAUUGGCAAAUCAGAAAGUUCGUUAGGUCCCUUGGAGAGGAGAGAAAGUUUGCAACUGUCAUUCUUGUGUGCCUAGUUGUUGUUUUGGCUCUUCUUUUGGGGGUCACUUUUCCCAUAGUGAUGUGAUACCUGUAAUUAAUCUGGAUCUUAACCCUCAAAUGUUCCGUUUCUCCCAUGCCUCUUGUAUGAGUAUCAAGUAUGGAAGUACACUGUUCUAUUUCUUGUUCUUGACUUUGGCCUGUUCUAUUUAUAUAGUUGAGCAUGUCAGUACAUGUAUAACAGUUGGUAAAUAUUCUAAGUUAGAUCAUCA